AUGAGUGCACCAGCCUACAACUCGUCGGAGCCAGGCGGCGGCAACACGCUCGAGGUGGACGUGAACGCGCAGUAUGCCGGCUAUGAGUUCAACUACACCUACCUCGUCUUCUGCGGCUUCAUCGUCUGGCUCAUCAUCCCAGGUCUCGGCCUCUACUACGGCGGCCUCGCCCGCCGCAAGUCAGCCGUGGCCCUGCUCUUCCAGUCGCUUAUGGUCGCCGCUGUCACCACCUUCCAAUGGAUGUUCUGGGGCUACUCGCUGGCAUACAGCCGCACUGCUGGCCCCUUUAUCGGUGACCUGGCCAACUUUGGCAUGAAGCACGUCAUGGCUGCGCCGUCCAUCGGCAACAACACGAUCCCCGAGAUCGUCUUCUGCCUCUACCAGCUGCUCUUCUGCGCCUGCACCGUGCAGAUCGUCGUCGGUGGUGCCUUUGAGCGCGGCCGCAUCAUCCCCUCGCUCAUCUUCGGCUUCUGGUGGGCCACUGUGGUCUACUGCCCCAUCGCCUGCUGGACCUGGAACCCGAACGGCUGGCUCUAUAAGCUGCCCUCGCUCGACUUUGCUGGCGGCGGUCCCGUCCACAUCUCGUCCGGAUGGUCCGCACUGGCCUAUGCCCUCGUCCUCGGCAAGCGAAGGAGAAGCCCCGACGACAAGUACUUUGGACGGCCGCACAACACCAGCCUCGUCUUUCUCGGCACUGUCCUCAUCUGGUUCGGCUGGUUCGGCUUCAACGGCGGCUCCGCGCUCAACGGCUCUAUCCGCUCCAUGCUCGCUGCCUUCAACACGAACACGGCCGCCUCGACUGGUGCCAUCGGCUGGGCCAUGGUCGAUUACAUCAAGAAGCGCCGCUUCAGCGUUGUCGGCGCCUGCUCUGGUGCUAUUGCCGGUUUGGUCGGCAUCACGCCGGCUGCUGGCUUCGUCGAGUGUUGGCUCGCUGCUGUGAUUGGCUUCCUGACUGCCGUCGGCUGUGCUUUGGUCGAAGACAUCAACAAAUGGCUUCAUAUCGAUGAGGGCCUGGACGUCUUCAAGCUUCACGGCAUUGGCGGCAUGCUGGGGUCCUUCUUCACCGGCAUUUUCGCCACGCAGACAAUAUCUGCCCUAGAUGGUGUCUCAUAUGUAAAGGGCGGAAUCGACGGAAACGGGAUCCAGGUCGGCAAGCAGUUCGCUGAGAUCACUGCUAUUUCGGCAUACUCCUUUGUCGUUUCCUAUCUUCUUCUGAUGAUCCUGAAGUACAUCCCUGGAAUGCACCUGCGUGUAUCUGACGAAGCCGAAGAGAUGGGUCUGGACAUGGACCAAUUCUUCGAAGAGGAGAUCGGUGACUGGGAGGUCUACGACAAGUAUAAAUCUCGCUUCGAUGGACACGAAACCGUCGAGGGGCAAGCCAUGUCCGACUCAAUGGAACAGGUGGAGGUACCUACAAAAACAGAUUAA